CUGGACUGGUGGACAGAUGGCUAACCCUGUCCCGUCAGCCUGCUGCGUGGUGCUCGCCGCGGUGGUGGUGGUGUACGCCCAGAGGCACAGCCAGCAGGACAGCCACAUCCAGUACGAGCGGGUAGGUGCAGACGUGACCAUGAAGUGUGGCUCCAUGGACUGGGACGCAGCCGUGACCUGGACAGCCAACGGCACCGACAUCGACGAGUCCCACCUGAACGGGUCCUACCUGAUCCUCAAGAAUGUUGACCUGUCACAGAGUGGCCAGUACUCCUGCUACGAGGGCUCCUCCUGGCACCUCAAAUACCAGACCACCCUGAGGGUGGGAACCCCCCCGAAGGAGCCAGUGCUGAUGUGCCGGUCCAACAACUACCCGAAGGGUUUCUACUGCAGCUGGCACCUGCCCACUCCUACCUACAUCCCCAACUCCUUCAACAUCUCUGUCAUACACGGCACAAAAGACAUGGUGUGUGAGAAGGAUGCCGUUCCCAAAAACAGGUGUCACAUCAGAUACAUCCAGCUCUUCUCGACAGUGAAGUACAAGGUGACUCUGACAGUCACGAAUGCUCUGGGCAAAAACUUCACCACUCUCACCUUUGACGAGUUCGCCAUAGUGAAGCCAGACCCUCCGGAGAGUGUGGUGGCCAAACCUGUGCCCAAUAACCCUCGAAGACUGGAGGUGUCAUGGCAAAACCCCUCAUCGUGGCCUGACCCUGAGUCCUUCCCGCUGAAGUUCUUCCUGCGGUAUCGGCCUCUCAUCCUGGACCAGUGGCAACAUGUCGAGCUGUCGGAUGGGACAUCGCACACCAUCACGGACGCGUACGCUGGCAAGGAAUACAUCAUCCAGGUGGCAGCCAAAGACAACGACAUCGGCACGUGGAGCGACUGGAGCGUGGCUGUUCAUGCCACCCCCUGGACAGAGGAGCCCAAGCAUCUCACCACGGAGGCCCAGAUCACAGAGACAACAAGCGCUAGCACCUCCUCUUUCAUGGCACCACCCACAACCAAGAUCUGUGACAAGGGGGCCAUGGUGGGCAGCGGGGCCAUGGCAGUGUGUUGGACAGCUGGACUGGUCAUGGCUGCCUAUAGUGUCCUCUUUAUUUAAUCUCCAUCUGUCCACCCACCGCAGCCCAGCGCAGUCGCCUCCCCACCGCCCACCGCCCACCGCCCCCGCCCCCGCCCCGCUCCCGGGUUGAGUCUCUUAGCUCUUCGAUUUUGCACACACUGAGGACGCGCCACGCUUCUCGCCGCCACCUCGGAGGAGGACAGAGCUGCUGCCGUCCCCCGCGGGAGCCGCAAAAUCCUCUCCCGGCCCGGAGCGAGGAGACCCAUGUCCGUGCCCCUUUCCUCAGCCGAGUGGAGCGAGCCCGGCCCGCCGCAGCCGGGGGUCCCGCUCUUGCAGCCAAACCCCCCCACGCCAAAGACGUGCCCGCCGCCCCCGCGGCCGCGCACCGAGAAAAGGGGAUAUGAAAACGGGGGGGUGGUGAGGGGAAUGAUGCUCCAAGCUGUGCACCCCCUUAUGGCAAAAGGGGGUCCCCCAAGGACUGGACUCGCUCCCCUGAGCUCUCGACCGCGUGGCGAAGCUGGAGGGGUGCACGGAUCGGGGCGGGGGAGUGGGCGGGGGUCUUGGUCCCCUCCGAGGGGGUGGUGGAGGGGGGAGCUGGUGGCUUUCACAAGUGCGAUGGGGAGCAGGGAGCUGGCGGGGUUUUAAUGGAAUUUUAAAAAAGAAAGUGAAACACCGAUAAAACCCCCCUGCCCCUUGCCGCGCAUCUGGGAGAGCUGUCCCUCCACCUCCCCCUCCACAGCACCCUGCAGGAGCCUUCGCCACCCCCAACCCCGACCCAACAUCACCCCCAAACUUUUAACCAUGUUGGAUACAGGGAAUCACCCCCAUUGAUGUCUUUGUAUCAUUCUCCAACAAAAGCAGAAUAGCUCUGCUGUUGCCUUCAGAGCUGGAGCCCUGCAGACCUGCGCCCCGCUGUCCCCUGCUGUCCCUGGCUGUCCCCAGCUGUCCCCAUGCCUGCUCUGCUCUCCUCCCCAUCCUGCCCAAUGUCCUGUUUUGUAAAGACACCUUCUCUUGGCCCUGCCUGGACCCAAGCGCAGUAUUUAAUACCAUACGUCCUAGUAUUCCCACUGUUGACAUGCUGUAUUUGAAUUUUUUAUAGAUGUAUAUAUAUAAAAAAAAAGAAAAAUAAUAAAAAAAAAAAGUAAUAGAGGGGAUAAAACUAAGCUCACAGAGACAACGCACACACGCACACACACACACACACACACACACACACACACACACACAUA